UUUUCCCCAACAAAAGUGUUGUUGCCCUCACAACAUGACCGAAUACGUUACACCCAACAUACACACAGUGUUGAAAAAAUAUCAGACAAGUGCUCCCAAAAGUCUACAAGGUCCUGGUCAUUCAUUAGCCAAUAUUGCCGCAACAGCCAAUAACAGUAGCAGUGCCCUACCCCUGACAUCCACAUCGUCGACGGCGGCCGCACCACCAACCCAUCCCAUAACUGCCAAUAACAACAAUAAUUUGUGUUCUCCAGUAGUCGGAGUCGUUGGAGGAGCAGGUAACCCCAUAGUAGCCGCCGGUCAUUGCCCCCUAGAUGUUAGUCUAAAUAAUAAUGGCGGUGUGGCCAAUUUAUCAACAGCUUCCGCAGCAGCUGCAGCAGAUAUUCAUGGAUUGGUGGCAAUGCGUACCAGUCCUUGUGAGCUUAGUAAAGCAUCAAGCAAACAGCAACAACAAAAUUCGAAUCACACUGGAACAACAACGACAGCGACAGCAGCAAAUCCUGCCCUGCCACUUAUAAAAAAAGAAAUAAUGACAUCACCUGAACCACCACCAGCAUCACAUGAUCUCCAAAAUGAAAAUCCCCUGGUUGGCCAGAGGCCGGGAUCAGGAGCGACAGCAACUGCAGUCGGCCCACCACCACCACCCUCAUCAGUGCAGCAGACACCUUCCAUAAAAAUUAUGCCACCACCACCGCCGGAGGUAUCCCAGCCCAUACUCUCCUCAGCCGAUACGGGCUCCGGAGAGUUGUACGAAACCCGUUUAGAGGGUAAAACCAUUGGCUGCUUUUCCAUGGGUGGGGAAAUGCGUCUCUGUUUGCCACAAUUCCUCAACAAUGUCUUGGCCGAAUUUACCCUCGAACAAAUCAAUCGCAGUUUCGAUGAUCUCGGCAUCUUCUGUUCCCAAUGUACUCCCGAACAGUUAAUGGAAUUUAAGGCUGCCAAAAUCUUACCAUCCGAUGUAAAAUCUAGUGGCCUCAUAACCCGCACCGAUGCUGAACGUCUUUGUGCCGUUCUCCUCCAUCGUUCCGAUCGUAAUAGUUAUAUCAAUGUUGAGGAUAUACCCAAGGGUGCUAUUUCAUUUAAGGUCUAUCAUCGUUGUUUUGGUAAAUGUGAAGGUAUCUGUACUCCGGAUAUGUAUUCAUAUCAGAAGCCGACCUGCAUUAUGUGUCUCGAGUGUAAGGGUUGGUUUUCCCCACAGAAAUUUGUUGGCCAUGUCCAUCGUAAAGUGGAGAAUCGCACUUGCCAUUGGGGUUUUGAUUCGCGUAAUUGGCAUGACUAUUUGCAUGUGGCAUUGGAUGUCGAGAAUCGCGAGAAAUAUCAAAAAAUCUUGGAUGAACUAAAGGAGGUGGAGAUCAAGGAACAGCAGAAAGCCCAGCAGGAGAUUAAUUAUUUAAAAAGAAAGGUAAGUUGGAACGUUUAUUUAGCUUUACUAUUUUUAACUUGGGAAAUUUAG